UCAAAUUGUCGCUAACGGGAGCGCGUCGCGGGCCCCGAUCGAUGCGGUUUCGAUCAAGACGAAUGAGGCCCACGUUAUUCGUGAUGAACGGCUGAGAUCAAUGCAACUGAUGGUCGAUGGCGGUAGUAGAGUAGUUGAUAUAAUGCUGGGUAUCGAUGAUAACGACGAGAACCCGCACUCCGCAGGCUCCUUUCUCUGUCGCAAAUCCCGCUCGAUCUCACUCGCUGUAACGCUGUUUCCAUUGGCUCUCUGGUUAACAAAUCUUCUCUGUCUUUCCGGUUUUGAUCCAAUUUGGGCUUGCUCUUCCACGUUGGUUUGGGUAGAACUGAUUUCUUUAUUAUUGUUAUAUCGGGUCCCGAUUCGUUCUUGUUGAAUGAUGGAUCUAAACUUCUGAGAAAACGUGAUUAACCUGUGACGCGUCGAGUUUCCGGUAAGCAUCGUCUUUUUCUUGUGUUUGGAGACCGUCUGCAGUGAAUGGGAGGGGUUUCGCGUUUUGUUAGUUUAUUAUUUGGUUAUUUGGAUGUACUUCUUGCUCGCAGUUGACGUAAAAGGUUAGAGGAAAUUAUGAGUUAUCGGUCUUCAUACCCUUGUGAAGAAUGGCGGUUUUGGUUUUAUGAGUGAUUUGAUCAAUACAUAUUUGGUAAAAUUGGUCGAUUUUGUGUGGAACUUCUCUGCCCUGUUGAAUGUCAUUCCGUUUUUUGAAAAUUAUCGAAUUUGACAUUGCAUUCAGAACCAGAGGCCUGCGUCCUAAGGAUUUUAACAAUAGCAAUUUAAAGAACGAUUUAGAAAUGUGUGUUGUUUACAUCUUCCAUCGGCAUGCAAUUAAUAGCAAAUUCAUGUGAAAUUUGCCUUCGAGAUAGUAAAGCAACGAUAUGUACCACACUUCCCCUUGGAUGGUAAAAGUUCCUUGAAUUCCUUUUGUGAUUUUAAAUGUUGUAGCAUAGUAUUAAGGCUAUCUCUGGUUGCAAACAUAGGGGAACAUAGAAGGGAAAGAGGGAGAAUCAUAUAUAUUUUUAGAUGUGUUAUUCUAACAGUGCACUGUAUCACUAGGAGAAUGCUACCGGCAGAAAACGAAAAAAAAGGUUGAUGCUACCAAAUUGUGCCAGACCUCCAGAUUUACAAGACCUCAGCUUGUAUUUGCCUUUUGCAUCUUCCAAGUGCAACUGGACGGAGAUGAUGAGGCCCUAAACCUAAUGUUUCAACAGCACAUAUCUUUGUGGUUUAGUUUUAUUUUCAUAUACUACGACUCGAAAAGUGGCAUUGGACUUGUUGAUGCUGUAAAAAUUAUUCCUAGCAUAUGAUUAUGGAACUUGUGAUAUGCCUGUUGACAUUGAUUAUAGAACUAUGCUCCUCUAAAUUUGUUCUUUUUUUUUCCUUGUUGGCUGUAUUUAGUUAGUGUAAUACAACAGUUGAACUGAAUUCUAAAACAUUAUUUUAAUGACAUCAAGCUCACCAGGUUUGCUGGGCCAAGAUGUCUGAGAAUGGAAACAAGAAAGGAAUGAAAGAUCCUCUAUUGAGUGAUCCAUAUUCCAGGGCAGAUGACCCUUUGGUAAAGGUGGACCCUGGACAACCUCCUCCUUUAACGUGGCAGAGGAAAGCAAGCAACAAGGGCCACCAAUUGUCAGAAUUCACCCUGACCAUGGGAGAGAAGCUAAAAUUGGCUCCCUUGGGUAUUCGACUUGUGAAACAAAUUGUUGAGGAAGCUGCAAGAGGACAGGUUGCAGUGAUUGAUCCUCUGAAGGAGCGUGUUGGUACAUCCUGCCAGGGUGUUCCUCUCGGUGGCAUUGGUGUAGGGAGUAUUGGAAGAAGCUACAAAGGUGAUUUUCAACGUUGGCAACUGUUCCCUGGAAUAUGUGAAGAAAAACCUGUACUAGCAAAUCAAUUUUCUGCUUUUAUCUCUCGCUCAGAUGGUAAGAAGUAUUCAACUGUGCUAUCUCCUGGGAAUCCAGAAUUAAUCAAACAAAAUUCCAUCUCAGGAGCUGGAUCUUGGGAUUGGAACCUAAAUGGAAGGAAUACCACCUAUCAUGCUUUGUAUCCAAGGGCCUGGACCAUCUAUGAUGCAGGUGAACCUGACCCAGAUCUUAAAAUAGUUUGCCGUCAGAUUUCACCAUUCAUUCCUCACAAUUACAAAGAGAGCAGUUAUCCUGUUGCAGUAUUCACAUUCACACUAACGAACUUGGCAAACAGUUCUGCUGCAGUAACAUUGCUUUUUUCUUGGGCUAAUUCUGUGGGUGGAACCUCUGAAUUUUCUGGACAUCAUUCUAAUUCAAAAAUGAUAGAGAAAGAUGGUGUUCGUGGAGUACUUUUACAUCACAGAACUGGUGAUGGCUUGCCUUCAGUAACAUAUGCUAUUGCAGCAGAAGAGACAACUGAUGUCCAUGUCUCGGAGUGUCCCUGCUUCAUAAUAAGUGGAGGUUCUAAUGCAUUUACAGCUAGGGACAUGUGGUGCGCAAUCAAAGAGCAUGGAUCUUUUGACCACCUUGAUUCGGUUGAGAUGCCUCUUCAAUCUGAACCUGGAUCAUCAAUUGGAGCAGCUGUUGCAGCUUCUGUGGCACUUGCUUCACAGACAACCUGCACUGUGACAUUUUCUUUAGCAUGGGCUUGCCCUGAAGUAAAGUUUCCUUGUGGAAAGAUUUAUCAUAGGCGCUAUACCAAAUUUUAUGGAACACAUUGUGAUGCAGCAGCAAGUCUUGUGCGUGAUGCCAUUAUUGAGCAUGGCUCCUGGGAGACCCAGAUUGAAGAAUGGCAAAAUCCUAUUCUGCAAGACAGGAGGCUCCCUUCUUGGUAUCCUGUCACUUUAUUCAAUGAACUAUACUAUCUUAAUGCUGGAGGAGCAAUUUGGACAGAUGGGUCACCUCCAAUUCAGAGUUUGGCAACUAUUGAGGAAAGAAAAUUCUUCCUCGAUAUGUCAAAUGGAGAUUUCGAUAGUUUGUCUGAGGUCAUAGCAGGAAAGAAUACUGCAGUCAAUAUCCUUAAUAGAAUGACAUCAAUACUUGAAAAGUUGUAUGCGCCCAUUCAAUCAAACUCAGCCACAGGGAUAUCAUUGCUUGAAGGAGAAGAAAACAUUGGUCAGUUUCUCUAUCUUGAAGGGAUUGAGUACUGUAUGUGGAAUACGUAUGACGUCCACUUCUAUUCAUCUUAUUCCCUGAUAAUGCUGUUUCCAAAACUUGAACUCAGCAUUCAACGAGACUUUGCUGCAGCAGUAAUGAUGCAUGAUCCUGAGAAGGUUCAAACUCUGAGUGAUGGCAAGUGGUCUGCAAGAAAAGUUCUUGGAGCUGUUCCUCAUGAUCUUGGGCUUAAUGACCCAUGGUUCAAGGUCAAUGCUUAUAAUCUUCACAACACAGAUAGAUGGAAGGACUUGAACCCUAAAUUUGUACUUCAGGCUUGGAGAGACACGGUAGCCACCGGUGACAAGCGCUUUGCAAAAGCUGUUUGGCCUUCAGUCUACAUGGCAAUUGCCUACAUGGAUCAGUUUGACAAGGAUAAAGAUGGAAUGAUUGAAAAUGAAGGCUUUCCGGAUCAAACGUAUGAUGUCUGGUCAGUUACUGGUGUUAGCUCAUAUAGUGGAGGACUUUGGGUGGCUGCUCUGCAAGCUGCUUCAGCCAUGGCACGUGAAGUUGGUGACAGAGCCUCUGAAGAACUUUUCUGGGACAAGUAUCUGAAAGCAAAAUCUGUUUAUCACAAGUUGUGGAAUGGUUCUUACUUCAAUUAUGACAACAGUGGUAGCAAGACAAGCUCAUCUAUUCAGGCUGAUCAGUUAGCUGGACAUUGGUAUGCUAGAGCAUGCGGUCUUAUGUCAAUCGUUGACAAGGAGAAAGCAAAAAGUACAUUUCAGAAAAUCUUUAGCUUUAAUGUCUUAAAAUUCAAGGAUGGCAAGAGGGGAGCAGUUAAUGGGAUGAGACCAGAUGGCACUAUUGAUAAGUCUACCAUGCAGUCAAGAGAGAUAUGGCCUGGAGUAACAUAUUCAGUUGCUGCUGCGAUGAUUCAAGAAGGCAUGUUAGAAGAAGCAUUCAGAACUGCACAAGGGAUAUAUGAAGCUGCCUGGUCCCAAGAAGGACUUGGGUACUCGUUCCAGACCCCUGAAGCUUGGAAUAAUGAGGAUCAAUACCGGUCGCUCUGCUACAUGCGCCCCUUGGCAAUAUGGGCAAUGCAAUGGGCAUUGUCACUGCCGCCGAAUGUCUGUAAAGAACCUGAGACGGUUUUAGAUGGCGAGGCUGAUUCUAAGCACACAGUGGCAUUCUCAAGAGUGGCUAAGCUGCUUAAAUUGCCAGAGGAAGAAACUUCGAAGAGCAUUCUCCGGGUUAUCUAUGAAAUCACUUGCGGUAGGCUGAGGUCGUGAUUCGAGUUUGGAAGGACUACAUAUGAUUAGCCUAUUGCAAUAAUAAAAUGUGUUUUGUGAAUCCUUAAUUGCAAGCAGACUUUGUUUAAAUUUUUGCAGGAAGAUGGUAUAAAGUUGAGAUCUCAAAAAGCUCAUCACUGCAUCAUUUUGGGGCCUAACUGGACAAGUUUCUAGAUAUAUAGUAAGCAAAAUCUCAUUCACAAUGUUUGUUCCAUCAAUAAACAGGAAUUGGCUCUGCCGUCGUAAGUUGAAGGCCACUAAUAUUUUACAUUAUGAGAUGGUUUGGGGUGGCUUAUCAUGACACGGUGGUAUUAUUGAUGAUAAAGCAGUGGCUUGCAAAGAGUGAAUAACAUUUUGGGUGUGGAUCAUCAUGACAAGGUAAUAUGUAUCAUGUGGUUUACCAACUAGAGUGAAUAAGAUU